UUUUACUGCUCUCUUUAUCCGAAUGCAGAUGAUUUCUGGUGUCCUUUGAAGAAAAGGCUGUAUCAUUUUCUCACAAACGUGAAAUAUUGGCCCACGUAUUAGAGCUGUCAAUCAUCGUGCUGGGCGUGGCUAGCGUGCAGCUCUGUGACCCGUGCGAGGUUGAGUGGCAGCUCGGGCUGGACCGUGCGACGAUCAACCCUGCCUCCGUCCCCGGCGAGCUGUCCGUCAAACUCCGAAUAAAAACACUCCAUUUGUGGCGGUGCAUCGGGGUUUUACUGCACGGCUGAACGGCGCCGAGUCCCGUAGUAAGUCCUCGCGGACCAACGUCGUUUGAAACCCGAGGACAAACCGACAAGGAUCGUGGCGGGUAGCGAGGAAUUUCGUGAAUUUUUUUCGAAGCGCGGAGCUCUAUCCAACAUGGAGGAUCAGAGGUACCAGCACCCGGUAGCGUCCGUGGCUAGCGCGAUGCCUCAGACCGGCACGACUCUGGGCCAACACCCCGGGGGGAUGCCGCCUCACAUGCAAGGGAUGGGCGACAACAGGCCCCCACCGGACGGGCAACAACAACCCGAGGGGGAGGGGAGGAAGCAGGACAUCGGCGACAUCCUGCAGCAAAUCAUGACUAUCACCGACCAGAGUUUGGACGAGGCGCAAGCAAGGUUGCCCGAGAAGCACACGCUGAACUGUCACAGAAUGAAGCCUGCACUCUUCAGCGUUCUCUGCGAAAUCAAAGAGAAGACCGUUUUGAGCAUCAGAGGUGCACAGGAGGACGAGCCUCCAGACCCUCAGCUGAUGAGAUUAGACAACAUGUUGCUGGCGGAGGGGGUGGCCGGUCCUGAGAAGGGGGGUGGUUCGGCAGCCGCCGCGGCCGCAGCUGCGGCGUCAGGUAUCGACGAAUGGGGCAGCCCAGGACAGGCAGAUAACACAAUCGAACAUUCGGACUACAGAGCGAAGCUGGCACAGAUCAGACAGAUCUACCACACAGAGCUGGAGAAGUAUGAACAGCAGGCCUGUAAUGAGUUCACCACCCAUGUCGUGAACUUGCUCCGCGAGCAGAGCCAGAUCCGGCCAAUCGCACCCAAGGAGAUCGAACGUAUGAUCUCCAUCAUACGUAAAAAGUUUAGCGCCAUCCAGAUCCAACUGAAACAGAGCACAUGUGAAGCCAUCAUGAUCCUUAGGUCCCGCUUCCUAGACGCUAGACGAAAGCGAAGGAAUUUCAGCAAGCAGGCAACAGAAGUCCUGAAUGAAUACUUCUACUCGCACCUGUCCAACCCUUAUCCUAGUGAAGAAGCAAAGGAGGAGCUGGCUAGAAAAUGUGGCAUCACGGUAUCACAGGUGUCAAAUUGGUUUGGGAAUAAGAGAAUCCGCUUCAAGAAGAACAUUGGGAAGGCGCAGGAAGAAGCUAACCAGUACGCAGCCAAAACUGCGGCCGCCGCUGCCGCCGCGCAGCAGCUCUCCCAAGCGACCAGUGCAUCCCAUGACAACGCGAGUUCUCCCGGUGACUCCGGAACUCCCACGACACCAACGCAAGGGUUUGGACGGUCUCUCUCUGCCCGAGAUCCCAUGUUCAUGGGCAUGAACGGUGACCAGAGCUACUCCGCUGGACAGGUGGGAGCCAAUGUGGAACAACAGGCCCAGGCCCUGAGACAUGUGAUCACCCAGACACGAGGGUACAACACUGAGGACAACACUCCCAUCUCCCAGUCCCUGCCCUCAUACUACCCACCCUCUACAGGCAAUAACCACUCAACUAUGCCAGACAUGGGAAUGAAUGGCAGUGAUGAAGACGAUGAUGAUGAUCAAGAUGGAGAAGGAUCCCAGAAAGGGCCAACCAAUGGCAGCUCUUGAUCUUCAGCCUCUUGUAUCAUGUUCAAGUUAGAACAAUAAACGCCCACUGUAGGUGUAUGUAGUACACUGGGGUUUGGACAUUUAAGCUGUCUCUCACACUUGUAGUUGGAUAUGCAGGGUUCAACAUGUCCAGUGACCUUAUGUUGGCACAAGCAUUGCAUGAC